CUUUAUUUAUCUCAAUCAAUCAAUUAAUCAAUCAAUCAAUGAUCAUCAAAUGUCGUUCUUUCAUGGUCGAAUAGAAUUAAAAGAUACGAAAAAUUGUUUCAUAACAUUGCCAUCGAAAUGGACUGUACAAAAUUUUCGUUCAAAUUCAUUUGGUCUAAUAAUAAUCAAAUUAAUCUUUUUGGACGAUAUAAAACCAGAUAAAUUUCUAUAUGUCACAUGGAAUGGAAGUAAAAAUUGUACUGAAGAUUCAAUAUUUUUGGAUCGAAAUUUUGCAUCAAAAUCUAAUAUUAUUGAUAAUGAAUUGAUUCUGGUGCAAGUUAUCGAUGAUCUAUCGAAUCGAAUAUCACCAUGUGUUUCUUGUUAUUUGAAACCAUUAUCCAAUGAUGAUCAUCAACUUAUUGAAAUGAAUGCUGAAGAAAUUGAAUAUGAAUUUCUAAAUCAAAUACGAAUGGUGACUGUUGCUUUUUUGAAAAAUAAUGAAUUCAAUAUUUUUCCAUUGUGGUUGAAAAGUUCACCAAAUGUGCCGAUUUUUGUGCGAAUUUUUCGUGUUGAACCAACAACAACAAAUAAAACCGGAUUGAUAAUAACCAGGCAAACGAAAAUUGUUAUCGUUCCGCAGAAUGAAAUUGAAAAUGAUGCCGCCAUCGUACCGCCGAUUACAAUGCCGUCUACAAGUUUAAAAUCCGUUUUUGGCCUAUUCAAAUCUUUGGUUCCAAAUCGUGAAAAUAUUUUUCCCAUUACUCAUUCAUCAUCGAAUGAUGAUCCCAUCACUGAUGAUGAUGGUGAUACGAUGACCAUGACAAAACAUCAUCAUACACUAUUUCCAAUUUAUCGUGGCAAAAAGCUAUUUUUACGUGUUAUUCUGGCCAAAGAAAUUGAUUCAAACACAACAUCCAUUGGAUUUAUAUCUAGAAAACAUUUUGAAAAUUUAGGCACUCAAUCAAGUCGUUUUAUUGUUCGACUGAUAAAAUUAGAUCCUUCAACGAGUAAAACGUCAGACAUUGUUUCCAUCGGCUAUGAUAUGACAACAAUGUCUGCUAAUGAAAAAUUUUGUACAACAUUCGUUGAUAAAUAUCUGAAAAUUUAUGAUCACAUAAAUGAUCUAAACGUAUUAGUAAUGGCAAAUGACAAAUGUCCAGAUGAUUCAAUAAUGUUUAGCCAUUCAUUCAUCAUACAGUAUUCAUUAUCGUUUCUAUCUUACGUCAUUUUGGAUAGUCCAGAUUUACGGCAAAUAAAUUUGGUUGUAGAAAAAAACAAUGAUGGCAUUGAUUGUCUGAAUAUUCCGGUGGCUCGAAAAAUAUUCAUAGUUCCAUUAUUGUGGUCAAAAUUGAAAUCGAAUGAAUUCCACAAUGAAUUGGUCAAAAAAUCAAACAAUCAAAUACUCAUGUAUAAUGGAUUCUUGGUUGCUGAUCCAAAAAAUGAUAAUGAACAAUAUUUCAUCAUCAAACAACAAUCACCGGUGCCUGAUUUUGAUGUGGAAAUUUUUAAAUUUCUUUCCACAAGUUUUGUGGUUGAUCCAUUGUUGACUGAAAUCAUUAUGCAACAAGUAACGGCUGUGAAUUCUUCCAUGACAAUUCAUUUGAAUAAAUUGUCAAAAAAACGUCAAAUAAUCAAUGAUAUGGUCGAAAAUUAUGAAAAAAUCCUCACCAAACCGUUUGCUGGCCGUACUGCAACCUUACAAGAAUGCAUACAUUUCAUUCAUAAUUCAUUGAAUUUAAAUUCAAUUACAGAAUCUGGCAAUGUAAAUUUAUUCACAGCUUUAUUGGUUACCGGAUCAAAAGGUUCUGGUAAAACAACACUAAUCGAACGUCUUUUAUAUGAUUGUUUUGAAAAUCAUCGAAUUUGGAGUGCUAAAAUUCAAUGUUCAAACAUUAAGGGUAAAAGAAUUGAAUCACUGCAGAAAUCAUGGUCACGAUUAUUCACUGAAGCUAUUCAUCAUCAACCAUCAAUAUUGGUAUUUGAAGAUUUACAUCAGAUUGCCUAUGAUACCGGUGAUGGUGAUGAUGAUGAUGGUGGUGGUGGCAGGAACAAUGUACGAUCAUUCGAUUCAAAUGAUGAAUCAGAUCGAACGAAAUCAACAACACCAGAAAGUUUUUAUUGUGAACGGAUAUCGUAUUUAUUUUUUCAUCUUGUUGAUUCAUUGAAAAAAUUGAAAUCAUCUUGUACAUCAUUUUCUCGUGUCACCAUCAUUGCUACUGCUGAAUCCAGUGAAUGUUUAAAUCGUGUGUUGAAAAAAUUUCCAACAUUUGAUCAAACAAUCGAUUUACAACCACUGAAUAGUGGACAAAGAAUUGAAAUAUUGAAUGAAAUAUUCAACAAAAAAUAUAAAAAUCUAUCGUAUGGUGAAUGUUCAACAAUGACAACAUCAAUAAAUAUUGAUAUGAAAUAUCUGUCAAAAAUAACGAAAAAUUUUCCCAUUCAACAUUUGAACAAUUUAAUCGAUAUGAUUAUUCACAGUGCAUUGGUUGAUAAUUUAAUGCCAAAACAAAUGAAUGAUACAAAAGUGAUUAUGAUUAAUGAUGUCCAUGUAAAUCAAGCUAUAACGAAAUGGAAUAAUUUUCAAUUGACACAAAAAACAGAUAAUUUAAAAUUGAAUACUAAACGUUUGUUUAAAGAUAUUGGCGGUAUGAAACGUGUUAAAGAAAUGCUUUCAAAUCUUAUUCUCAUGCAAAUAAGACAUCCAAAUCUGCAUCGAUAUUUACCAUUGAAAUUACCAAAUUCAUUACUCAUUUAUGGUAUGCCUGGUUCCGGAAAAACGGCCAUAGUUGAAGCCAUUGCAAAUGAAUCCAAAGUGAAUUUUUUAAAUGUUAAAGGACCAGAAUUAUUGUCCAAAUAUAUUGGUAAUAGUGAACAAUCUGUACGACGAAUAUUUCGUCAAGCACAAGCCGCAUCACCAUGUAUACUAUUUUUUGAUGAAUUUGAUUCAUUAGCACCACGUCGUGGUCAUGAUAGUACCGGCGUUACUGAUCGUGUUGUCAAUCAAAUGUUAACACUAAUGGAUGGUCUUGAAGAACGUGAUCGAAAUAUAUUCAUUAUAGCCGCCACAAGUCGUCCAGAUCUAAUAGAUCUAGCAUUAUUACGGCCAGGACGUUUUGAUCAAUUAAUACGUUGUGAUUUGCCUGAUGAAAAUGAACGAAAAGAAAUUUUUACUAUUUAUGGCCAAAAAUUAUCAAUAGAUUUUAAUGAAAACAUCAAUUCAUCAUUCAAUAAGAUUGAGAAAUCAAUGGAAAAUUUUACUGGUGCCGAUAUACAGGCAUUAUUAUAUAAUGCAUUUUUAGAUGCCACCAAACAGGCAAUGGAUGAUCAUCAAAAAUCAAUCAUUCAACAACAAAAUGACAACAACAACAACAGCAGCAAAAAUAAUGACAAAAAAAUUCGAAUUGAAUGGACAAACAUUCAACAAGCAAUGAAGAUGACAAGACCUGCACUUAGUCAACAGGAACGUAAUCGAUUUAAUCGAAUAUAUGCUAAAUUUGAAGCCGAAUUAUCUGGACAACGAUUACCGGUGAAUGAUGAUGAUCUGGAUGGUGAUCCAAUAAAAACGGCAGUUACGUUGGCAUGAAAUAUAAAUUUCUAUUCAUAGUGAUCGAUAUAGUGAUUGAUUUUUUUUUGCAGCACCUGUGUGUGUG